AUGCGCCAAUCGAGACGUUUGCAAGUACUAGAGGCCUUGGAUGGUGAGACAGUGAACUCCGAAAUCAGUUGGCCAGAACUCCGGGAGAUGGAUGAAGACUCCUUAUGCAAAGUGACUUGCCUUUGGGCAGCGAAGCAAUGGAUUCCGGCAUUGGAAGCACUCUUUUCUCAAGAAGAGAGGUUCGUUUCGUCCCACUGGCAGCUCAUCUUGGGAUCACUUCCAGAGACGGCAGAAAUCAAAGAGGUGAAACAUUUGCUUCCAGCGAUGGACUUGCUAGAAUAUGGCAUUUGCUCUGGGCAAGGACUUCCAUGGCCUGAGAGGAGCACUCUUCCAAGUGCAAAGGACUUACCUGAGCUUCAAACGAAGCCUGGAACAUCUCAGACCAGAAUGUCCAGACUCUAUGGAAUGUUUUGCUUAUGUGAGGAGUAUCAGCUCUAUUUGCAAGCUUGCCACCAAGACAUGUUAGACUCAGGAUGGCCACCAGAUGAGCCUCCACCCUUGCAAUCCUUAGUGCGAUUCAUGGACUUCUGUGAGUUGUCGCCUUCGGGGCGUCUACGUUUGCUGCUGAAACGGAGCUCUGCAUCGACCGUGGUGGAGGACAUCCACCAAUGGCUCCGCAUUUCGCCCUCCCUCGCGACGGUGCCCACCGAGGAGAUGGGUGGCACAAGCCUGACGGGCCGGACGGAGCGGUUGAGCCGCGCCUGCCGGGUGGUACCCAAGACCGAGGAGACCCUGGCCAAUGCGCUGCUGGGACGGCUUGGAAGUACAGGUUGGGAUCCGGAACAGUUCAAGCUCCUGGCGCAAGUAGUGCAAGCAUCAAGCCCAGCCUUGCCCAGAUCUGAACGAAUCAUCAAAGACCACACGGUGCUCAUGGAAUUUAUUUUCAAAUCGGUGUACAGUGAGGACCAAAGAUGCCAUGCUGCUGACAUAUUUGAACGUGUCGAUGUCAUGUAUGGCUGCAUUCCAAAGCCAGACUCUGAUGCUACCGGCGAUGCUGAGUCAUGGGCCAAAUUCCAAAAGCAGGCGGAUGAGCUCGAAAAGCACCUCACAUGUGUUGAAUUGCUUCUAAAGCACAAGAUCAAGCUGUCCUUGAGUUUUGCUGACCUUCGAAGCGGAUGCAGCAAUGAAAACAUGGCCAUCCACUCAAUGUGGAACUUGUUUCGAGUGCUCGGGGCUCGUUACCGACCGGCUCUUUUCUGGCGAAGCUUCCAGCAAGAACUUUUCUAUCUGCACACUCAUGCAUUUGCGGCUGUUUCGAUGAAUUCGGUGUACGACAUGUACGUGCGCUGUCUUGUAGAGCAAGACCAUGUCGAAGUCAUGAGCAGUGUGGUUGAGAAUUGGACCCUUUGUUGUAAUGACCUGGCCUCCAGUUCGUUAGUUGCUUUGGCAAAGGAGCUGGUGAAUGGUAGCCCAUCACUGCGUCAUGCGGUUUUGGAAAAAGCCUCACGUCUGUUGAAGUGUGCACCUUCGCCUCAGGCAGCUGAAGAGCAGGACUUCAUAAAGGCUUGUGAGCUACUGCAUGAUUUGCUGUGGCGGAAACCGAAGCGUACCUUGCGCUGGGUACAGUCGGCUGUGCAAGACAUCACCAGUGGCCAAGCCCUGGCACAGCUGUCUGAGAUGCGAAGCAACUUUUCAAUGAUGGGGCAAACGUCCCGAGACCCACGUGAGAUUCCACCUGAUGCCUCUGCUUUUUCAAUGGAAGGCUUUUGCAUUGAACUUCCUGUGCAAUUGCGCUUGAGGAUUCAAUCGCCUUUGCGCAUUGUGACCGACCUUCUGGAGUUUAAUCCACCGAUCUUGUUGGAGUCAGAGGAUUUACAGAAAUUCUGCUCUCUCAUUGGCCUUCCACCCAGCUCUCCAAGUUGGGCUGAGGUCAUGGCCUUAUGCGGUGCAGCUCAUUUGCUUUGUGGAGACCGGGCAGGUGAGGCUUUGAGUAUCACAGAGAAGCUUCUGGUCAACAAGCAUCCUGGAGCAUGGAAGUUGGCGGUGGCUCUAGCCACAGAUGAUGCUGUGGACCAGAUGUCAGCUGCUAGCUUGCUGGCAGAUGCUGCUCGUGUUUGCUCAGAGAAAGACCUGCCGACACUUUUGAGCUAUUUGGAGGGAGCCCCGGCUUGCCGCUCGCAAGAAACAGAGGCUACUUUGUUUCCAAUGGACUUGGAUGAGUUGGGAGAGAUUGCAGCUUCACCAAGCAGUGAAAGCAAGAGCAACCUGGAAGCAGCUUGGCAGAAUGAGGACGUCGGAGCAGCAGUGACAGCUUUGGUGCACAUGGUGCCCAAGACAGAACAUGUAGGACAUGACUCAGAGGGUGUGCAAGCACAGGCAGUGCAGGUGGCCAAUUUCUUGAAUUGCAACGAGAUGACGAAGUCUGAGUCUUGGGAUCUGUGUGCCGAUCUCCUGGACCGUGAAUGCCCAGAGACAGAGCCGGAUCGCGAGGAUCGCGUUGCAGUCUCUUCCGCGUUGCGGGCGCUGUGUGAACUUUGUCCCGACUUGGACAGUGCCUUGGGUGGAGAAGGUCGUCCGGAAGAAUUGGUCCAGCGUCUUCUCAAGCGAGCUUCAAGUUCUUCCCCAUCUGAAUCCUUGGCACUUGCAAGGGCGGUCGCUGGUGUACCAGAGCUUGUGAAGAUGGGAGUCACCUCUUCCACCAUUGCCUUGCAUGCGGCCAAAGCUUUGGUCUCUACAGAUUUGGACCUAGGCCCUUUGAUGUUUUGGCUGGAACCGACCGAGGCUCUGCAGUUCUUGGAGUUUGCCUUGGAUAUUCCCUUGGAGCGCGCCAGGACCUUAGAGGUGAUUGCCCUUCUGCGAUUCAAAAGCGAUGAUCGACUUUCCGUGGCUUUGCUUCAAGCAGAAGCGCUGACGCUCCUCAGAUCCACUGGAAAAUCGGAGAUGGAGAGCGUGAACCUGCGACUGCACCCCGAACUCUCCAUGGAAGAGAUCAAGCGCCGAUGGUUGCAAGAGAUGGCACAUUUGGACAGCUUUUUGCCGAUAGCCGAGACCUUGCUGGAGACAGGAUUCACACAAUGA